AUGUUAUAUAUACCAACAAUUAUGUCCGUUCUGGAAGUAUUGGCUGUUACUGUGCCAGUGUUAUUAACAGUAGCCUUUGUAACAAUAGCUGAGAGAAAAACUAUGGCUAGUAUGCAAAGAAGAUUAGGGCCUAAUGCAGUAGCAUUUGCUGAUGCUCUUAAACUUUUAUUAAAAGAAUAUGUUUCUCCUACGCAAGCAAACAUAGUACUAUUUUUUCUUGGUCCUAUUAUUACAUUAAUUUUUUCACUAUUAGGGUAUGCUGUUGUACCCUACGGUCCUGGUUUAGUGUUACUAGAUUACAAUCUAGGUAUACUAUAUAUGUUAGCUGUGUCUUCACUAGCUACAUAUGGUAUAUUACUAGCAGGAUGA